AUGAGCCGUGGCACUUAUGCUGUGAAGCCUGUUCGGUCCUCUACAUCUACAUCUUCAUCUUCGACAUCGUCUUCGACUUCAUCUCUAUCGAGAGCGUCUAUCCAGACUACCGUCACUACAGUCGACACUUCCAGCAUACAAAGACUGAUUCGAACAGUAUAUCGAUCUUCGAAAAUCACAGUUCAACAGGUGGAAGUUAUCCAAGGCUAUCUUGGGCAGAUUUACGUCACUAGACUUGCAGAUGGCAGCAGUCUCGUGCUCAAGUGCCCACCAGCACACAAUGUUCGACUGCUCCGCCACGAGAAACACAUACUGGAUACCGAACGCAAGACACUCGAGAUGAUCCGCGAAUACACCCGAAUACCCGUGCCACAACUCAUCACAUUCGACACCCACAGCUCAACCCUCGGGCGACCCUUCCUCCUCAUGAGCCACAUACCGGGCCGACGACUCUCAGAACUCGCCCCAUAUCUGACGCCCAGCGAACGCAAUGCAAUCGACCACACGCUGGGCAUGCACAUAGGCUCGCUGACGGCACUAUCAGCCCCCCAGUUUGGGCUGGCCCACCGCGUCUUCGCCAAGAAAGGCAGUACCACCUGGCGCGAAGCGUUCCUCGGACUGCUCGAGUCGAUGCUGCGUGACGCAGAAGACAUGCUGGUCAACCUGCAUUCGGAGAGCAUCCGCUACUGGAUCGGCAAGCACGCGCACCAUUUGGAUAAAGUGACGGAGCCGCGCCUCGUCGCGCCCAAUGCGUGCAAUGCCGACAAUGUUUUGCUUGACGAGCACACCAAGCAUGUGGUUGGCCUGGUCGGCUUCUCGAAUAUCAUUUGGGGCGAUCCACUUAUGAGCGGCGGUAUGGCGGACGCUAGUGAGGCGUUUUUGACGGGCCUGGGUGAGUGUGCGCCGAGGACAACGACAACGACGACGAUAGGGUCUUCUUCUUCUGCACAAGUCAGGAUUAUGAUAUACAGGAUCUACAGGGCUACGCUGCGGCUCGUGGCACACCACUAUCGGCUGCAUGAUGGUACUGACGAGCUUGAUGCACGCCGCGAGUUGAGCGCUGCGCUCAACUUGCUUGCGGCCGUUUGA